UCAUCAAUUUGCGACGGAAGUCCAACGAAGUUCUAGCAAUGACGUAUAUUUUAGCCGACCAUUGCAACUUGACACAUGAAUUACAAUCAAAGCAAACAUUGCGUUUAUAAUUACUAUUAUUAUGACUAAAAUACGAUUUGGUGCCAGUAUGCUCUAAAAUCCUCCAUUACCGUACAUUGGUUAUUUGGUGGCUGUUGAAUAGACACAGCGUCAUGUCGUUUCUGGUGGAUUCUGUCAUCAUGUUCACCUCUCAGGUGCUAUUCUUUGGUUUUGGGUGGUUGUUCUUUAUGCGUCAGCUUUUCAAAGACUAUGAGGUGCGUCAGUACGUGGUACAGGUGGUAUUCUCCAUCACCUUUGCCUUUUCGUGUACCAUGUUUGAGCUCAUCAUCUUUGAGAUAUUGGGUGCCUUGAGUAGCAGUUCCAGGUAUUUUCACUGGAAGCUGAACCUCUAUGUGAUUCUACUGGUUCUCAUCUUUGUGGUGCCCUUUUACAUCGGGUAUUUUGUGGUUAGCAACAUACGCCUGUUGCACAGACAGAGGCUGCUGUUUGCAUGCAUGGUGUGGUUUACCUUCAUGUAUUUCUUCUGGAAAUUGGGCGAUCCAUUCCCCAUACUGAGUCCAAAACAUGGCAUUCUGUCCAUCGAGCAGCUGAUCAGUCGUGUGGGUGUGAUCGGCGUCACGCUGAUGGCUCUCUUGUCGGGCUUCGGUGCCGUCAACUGUCCCUACACGUACAUGUCAUACUUCCUAAGGAACGUAACAGACAGCGACAUCCUGGCUUUGGAGAGGCGGUUGCUCCAAACGAUGGACAUGAUUGUUAGCAAGAAAAAACGCAUCGCCAUGACGCGGAGGCAGAUGUACCAACGUGGCGAGGACCACAACAAACAGACGGGACUGUGGGGCAUGAUCAAGAGCGUCACGUCGCCGCCAACGGGGAGCGAAAACCUGUCACUCAUCCAGCAGGAGGUCAACGCCCUGGAGGAGCUCAGCAGACAGCUCUUCCUGGAGACCGUAGACCUGCAAGCCACCAAGGAGCGCAUUGAGUACUCCAAGACGUUCCAGGGAAAGUACUUCAACUUCCUCGGCUACUUCUUCUCCAUCUACUGCGUGUGGAAGAUUUUUAUGGCCACCAUAAACAUCGUGUUCGAUCGCGUGGGAAAGACGGAUCCUGUGACCAGAGGCAUUGAAAUAACGGUCAACUACUUGGGCAUCCAGUUUGAUGUGAAGUUUUGGUCUCAGCACAUCUCCUUCAUCCUGGUGGGCAUCAUCAUCGUGACAUCCAUACGAGGCCUACUCAUCACCCUGACGAAGUUCUUCUACGCCAUAUCCAGCAGCAAGUCCUCCAACGUCAUCGUGCUGGUACUGGCUCAGAUCAUGGGCAUGUACUUUGUGUCGUCGGUGCUGCUGAUGCGCAUGAGCAUGCCGCUGGAGUACCGCUCCAUCGUCACGGAGGUGCUGGGGGAGCUGCAGUUCAACUUCUACCACCGCUGGUUUGACGUCAUCUUCCUCGUCAGCGCCCUGUCCAGCAUCCUCUUCCUCUACCUGGCCCACAAGCAGGCACCAGAGAAACACAUGGCGCUCUGACAACGCCGUGUACUACGUAAAUCUUUUUUUUUUAACUUUAAUGGUAGUGGAAUUGAUCCUGUGCAGUGUU